UCUUCUACUUAGUGCUUUGAAGGAUCUAUUGCCAGUGCCUUAUUUACGAGGGAAGGAACAAAGACUGUAAGGGAACGCAGGCCCUCGGGCCUUUGCGAUGGCAUCUUCUGUCGCAAAGACGCUGGCGAGGAUAAGGGGGUCAGUCGAGGCAGGGGCCUACUAUGAAGCUCAGCAGAUGUACAAGACGUCGUACCAUCGGAGCAAGGCCAGAAAGCAGCUAAGCGAUGCAAUCCAAAUCCUACAGGAAGGUGCCGUAACGCAGCUAUCGUACGGCCAAACCACAUGCGGCGUGGAGCUGGGGAUGCUGCUGGUGGAGACGUAUACCAGCACUGACACGCCCGCCGACGAGGCGUCCGUAGCGCGUUUGCUGGCGAUUAUCCACGCCUUCCCGCCGCCCUCCCGCGCGGGUGGCGAGGCGGCUGCGGGCUCCGCAGCAGGCCAGGGCAGUGCGGCGGCUGUGGUGGACGAGUGCGCGCGUCUGGUGGCAACAGCCGUCAAGUGGGCGCUCAAGUGUGGCGCGGCAGCCGGGGCCCGCAGCAUGCACUCGGCCUUCGCGGCCUACCUCUGGAAGUCGCUGGGCGCUGAGGGCUUUGGCCGGGCGCUGCAGCACUUUGUCCGAAGUGACGACGCACAGACGUUUGCUGAAGCACUCCACUCCUGUGCCCAGUCGGGCCCCGCCGCGGAGGUGGACCUGUGGCUGCUGCGUGCGCUGCUGCAGGUGCUGGCGGCCGCCUCCAGCCCCUCCAGCAGGGCGGCGCAGCUGGCGCACGCGAGGGCGGUGUCCCGCGCCUUCUGCCAGCUGAGUGGCCCGCUGGACACCCCCACAUCGCACUUUGCGGAGCUGCUGCUGCUGGCCCUGGAGCACGCCGGUCAGUCGCCCCGCGCGCACGCCAUGUUCCAGCUGGCUCGCGAGCGUUACAGCGACGAGGUGUUGCGGCGCGACGAGUCGCUGGGCCCCAUGCUGGAGCGGGUGGAGGUGGGCUUCUUCAACGUGAGGCGCGGCAACGGGGCGCUGGGGGGGCUGCUGGGAGACCUGUUCAAGAGCCUCACGGAGGCGCACUAGGGCAUGGGUAAAAGUUAGAAAACUGACCAGGCAAAUAUGGCGCGUUAGGGCGCGGAGGGGGGCAGGGAGGUGGAGGGUGCGGGGUGCGGGGAUAGACGUAGCAUGGUAGUUAGGGGGGGGACGGGGAAUGGCCCGGAUGAGCUGUGGGGAGCUGCGCCCGGAUGUAGGCAGUAAAACGGCUGUUGCAGAGCGUGCAGGUGUUGUCGCGUUGCGUGUUGGUGGGAGGAUGCUGGCAGGGUGGCUGGCGGUAGCACUAAACGGUUGGCAGGCUUGCUUGCAAGGGUAUUCAGUUACAAGCGGUCAGGCAAGAGUGUACGGGAAGGGUAAGUAACGUGUUGCUUGUAUGGAACGUACUACUUAGCGGUCUCUGCCCUAGUUGCGCGGGGGCUUACCGGUGCUGCCGUGCUUGCCUGUGGGUGUCCGUUGCUGCACCAGGACACGACGUAGGGAAGCCCCACCAACCCUUCACACUGUUUUCGGCCCAAGGCAAGCUGUGGAUGCCAGUAGGUGGUGCAGAUCGGAAGCACCUCACAUAACACGUUACGCGAGGGACGGGGUGGUGCUGGGUGGAGCGCUGCGGUGGGUGGGGUGGCACGCUGGCACCGCCCGCCGGCCGUAGCUUUGGCAUGCCCACUUACGGUGCCCCGGGGUAUUUUAAUUGGGUCCAGACAUUUGGGACAAUUCGCUAGCGCAGCUAAAGGCUAGUGCUUUCCCUUGCUGACGUCGCUGACGUGGAUGCGAGCUGUAAGGGCGAGUUGAAGGCUGGCGAUGAAGCUUACUGCCGGUAUAGGCAGAGGUUCUAUGGCAGGGUGGCCCAUUCAGUUAGGAUAGUUUCCAGCCAGAAGUGCCGAGUAGACUGACGUUUCCAGAUUGCUGUAAACGUAUGCGCGCA